AAGCGUUGGAUACCCACCAUGGGCUUUUGGGCCGUUGGAGCGGGAACGGCAGCCCUAUACCUUCUUUCUGUUACCCCGAAGGUGAAGAGGACCUUCUUAGUGAAGGUUCCGGUGCUCGGCAGCUACUUUGAAGACAAGACCCCUCCGGAGGAUAAGCCAUUCUAA